CGCCGACGAGCAGAUGGGCGGGUAUGGCCGUCACCGCACCGCCUUCAAGCGCGGCGGCUGGGCGGGCUUGGGCGCCGAGCUCGCCGCGGACCGCGCACGGCUGUGGAAGCGCAACUUGGGGCGCGACGACCGUGUGGUGAGCGACCACGGGCGGGAGGCUCGGUACCCGUUCCUGGACGAGGAGGUCGUUGCGACGCUCGCCGCGACGCCCCUCCAUCUUCUCUGCGACCCGCGGCGGCCGCCGGGCGUCGGAGACAAGCUCGUGCUUCGCCUCCUCGCGCGCUCGAUCGGCCUCUCGCGCUGCGCCUCGCUGCAGAAGCGCGCCAUCCAGUUUGGCACCCGCAUCGCGAAUAAGAAUGUGAGCGGCACCGCGCUCCUCUCCCCCGACAUCGCGCUCGACGAGCUCGUCCACCCCAACGCAGCUCUCACCGCCGCAGAGGCCGCAUCGCCCGCCGCCGCUGCCCCUCCGCGCGGCAAGCCGCGCGAGUCCCUCGCCAAGCCGACCAAGCGCAGGGCGGGGGGCAGGCUGGCGGCAAAGUCGGCUGCGGCGGCCGCAGCGGUCGCGGCGGUCGCGGCGUAUGCGAGGUUGCCAGAGGGCGCGCCACGGGGUCCGCUCACGGCACUACCGCUUUCUCGCGUAUCGGGUCGAGUGAGCCGCGGCGCCACGCUUGCUGCGUUCGAGACGUUGCACCCGGACGGGCUGGCGGUCAAGCCUGUCUCGUGGGUCGUCGGCGAGGAGGGAUUGAGCAUGCUGCUCGGCGCGGGGACCGUCGAGGAGCGGCUGCUCCGGCUCGGUUUUGAGAAGCGAUGGAUCGAGCGCAGGCGAGCGGCCGGGGAGGCGUUUCGGCUGGCGCUCUUUCCCGCCGAGGCGGCCGAGCCGGCCACGUGGGACGGCAUCUUCAACGUGGUGCGUGAGACGUUCCCCGAGGCCGCGCCCAAGGUCCUCGCGCGGGCGGGCGAGCUCCGCGCGCUCCCCUUCGCCGAGCUGCAGGCGCGCGCGACGGCCGGCUACUUGCGCGGGGCGAGCUACUUCGAAGUCAACGAGGCGGCGAUGGCAGGCGCGUCGGAAGACUCUCGCUACCUCAGUACUGCGCGGCUCGCGUCAGAGCAGUGCGAGGGGCGUGUCGAGGAGGUGCGAGGCUGGCUGUACCAUGUGCUCGGACUCAGCGACCUCUUUGACGGCGCGGGCUCCACCGUGCUGCCCGACGGUCGCCGCGGGGUGGGCGAAUUCUUGAUUCGGAACCGGCGGGUCGCGGACUUCGGCGAGGCGUUCGCGUGGGUGGAGCUCACCCCUUGACAAGCUCGUAAAGAAUAGAUGUAUCUC